UGUCGCCUUUACCAUAAGGGCACAGUAAAAAUUUGUCUCUGCUAGCAAAUCAGUUUGGAGUGGACAGAAAGUCUUUGAAGGAAAGAGUGAAGGCCAAGAAGGCCAAGUGUUGAUGCUCAUCAGGGAUGGAAGACCUGAUCAAUGUUACCGUACAGCCUACCCCAGAACUUGUCAUAGACGAAUUAACCAAAACCAGCAAGAUGAAGGUGAAAUGGACUAAGCUGGGCCUGGUCUUUUUCUUGCUGUUGUCCCUCGUCAUGACUGCUUGCUUCAUCUGGCAAUACCAACUACCUAAACUAGUGGCAGAUGGAAAUAUUGAUGAAAGUAACAAAUCAGAAAGGAUGUGCCCUCGCUUUCCAGAGCCCAAUCUUCUGGAACACCCAAUUCCUACUUUAAAAGAGGCACUUGAGAAGGUUGACGCACUGUUGCGCAACAGUAUUAACCCUGUCAGUCUGCCUUCGUUGUCAGCCAUUGUUACUUAUAAUGACACAGUUCUAUGGACUGGAAAUUUCGGCAAGAGAAAUGGGAGUGAUCCAAGCUCUGCACCUCCAAAUGAGUACACCAUCUACAGGAUUGCUAGUCUAUCCAAGCUCUUUCCUACCCUGAUGCUUUAUCGACUGUGGGAGGAUGGUAAGGUGGGCUCCCUGGAUGACCCUCUUGAAAAGUAUGUGGAUGGCUUCAGCAUUAAAAACCCCUUGGGCAAAAGCAGAGACUCACAGCUGAAAUAUGUCACCGAUGGUCUAAUCUUCCUGGACAGUGGCGAGGUUCAAAUUCGAUCGUCCUCUGUAACUCUAAGAAGAAUGGCUAGCCAGCUCUCUGGUCUACCCCGAAGACUUCGUGCAACUAACUUGUUAUGGAAAGGAAAGACCCAAGCUGCAGUUAGUCUCCUGCAAGAUGAUGUGCUUGUCGCUGAUCCAGGCACCAAAUGUCACUACAGCAAUCUGGGCUUCUCUUUGCUGGCCCACGUACUGGCUGAAAAAGUAGUUGGUAUAAAUUAUCAGCGAUGGAUCGGUGAAAACAUUCUGGGCAGGCUGGGCAUGGAAGACACUGGUUUCGACAUCAACCCUGGCAUUCAGAGUCAAAUGGCCGUAGGUGUCUACGCCAGUGGCCAGAUAGCACCUCUUUAUGACCUGGGUUGGUACCGUCCAUCGGGCCAAAUGUAUUCCACGGCUGCUGACAUGGCUAAAUUAGCCAUGGUGUUGUCAGGAGCUUAUCACCGUAAGCUGUUGGAGCCCGACACCCUUAAAAUAAUGCUAACUCCUCUGUUUCGCUGCGAUAAAGAUUACUUUGCCAAUCGCACUGGAACACCAUGGGAGGUGAACGAACAGCUGGGAUACGAGGUGCUGCGCAAAGAUGGAGAUCUGGACGGCUACUCCGCGACGUUCUCCUUGGUCCCUCGGCUCAAGCUGGGCUUGGUGGUGCUAAUGGCGGGCACGAGGCCACAGAACCAGGACGUGGUGUCGAAGGCCUACUCUUAUAUAAUACCUGCCAUGGAGAAGGCCUUUAGGGAGGCCAGGCGUGUUCUGAAUCCUCCCCCCAACUCGGCACCCUACGUGGGCUACUACACUUACGGCAACAUCACUUUUUAUGAGAUUAAAGCAGGGCCAGAUGGUGUCUUGAUCAUGCAGCAGUUUGGACCUCAAAUAGAGGAUCUCAUUCCCGAGCGUUAUCGAACCAUAAAAUUGAAUUACCUUUUGGACCGGGUUUUCAGAGUUGUGUUUGAGAAAGAAUACCCUUGCGUAUUGCGUGUCAACACAGCAUCGGUGUCUCUUGAAGCCCAAGAUGGGCAGCUUUUUAAUUUCUAUGUCUUUGAUAAGAAUGGGCUUUCUCCAGGAUUUGAUGCUCCAGGGCUUAACACGUACAAUGUGGUUCGAAUAGGCCAGAGACCCACGUUUUCUAAGUGAAGUGGAAUGGAUUAAAGAAAGGCUUUAGAAAAACUGUGAUUUCAGAAUAUGGGGCUACAGUAUAUACUGGAUUUUGGCUGAAUUUGUUAUUUGGGAAAGAAAUCUAGUUACUUGUUUUGCACAUAUUUUUAAGUCCUUGUUUAUAAAAAUGGCCCUACUAUAUGUUUUCAUUUCCUACAACUCGUCAGUGUAGAUAAAAAAUUAUUUGCACCAACACUUCUAGCAUAAUAAUGGGCUUUGUUUUACUUUAACAAUCGUUUAUGUGCUGUAGAAGCCCUUACUAAAUCACGGUCACCUGUUUUAUUUUGUCUGCCAUUGCGACUGGGUAGUCCACGGUUUAAAUGUUAUUUAUUCAACAUAAGCCUUGUAGAUCCUGUGCUCCUGUUAUAUGCCAUGAUG